AUGGUCAAGUACUUUUCUGUCGACUGGCUGGCCCAGAGCCAUCAUGACACCGCGCCGAGCGAGGAGCACGGAGCUGGCACGGACACUACACCGACCUGCAGACCUCACGUCCCCUGCAUGGUGCAGCCGCGACCGCCGACGCAUGGCACGAGUUACCUGCAGCCGAAACCCAAAGCCUCAAAGCCGGUCACACUCACGCAGGGCAGCGUGCAGCAGGAGUCCGGCCUGAUGAGCUCACCUUUACACUCUGGAAACUGCACCUCUCCCAUUUCAGAAACAAGCGGCUAUUCCUCUGGGUAUGAGAGCGAGGCUGCCUCCUCUGAGUGUCCCUCCCUGGAUGAGGGGAGCGAGGCGGACAGGGACGCACCGCUGCGCCGCGUACGCACAAAGUUCACCAACGAGCAGAUCAGCAAACUGGAGAAAAUCUUCACCAAGCACAAAUACCUGGACGCAGGAGAGAGAGUGAAGACAGCACAGAAGCUGAACCUCACAGAAACACAGGUGAGAACCUGGUUCCAGAACAGAAGGAUGAAGCUUAAACGGGAGGUGCAGGACUAUCUAACCCCCCAGGUCCCCCCAGUGAUGUUCCAGGCCCUGGCCCCUGUCCAGUACCACAGCAUGCCCGUGCAGCGGCCCCACUACCCCGCAACUGGACCAGGCUUCUACCCACUCCCUGUCCCACAGCUGGUCCUCCAGUCUCAGAUGCCUCCUCGCCACCUUCCUCAUCAUGUCGUCCCAAGCCAACGUUUCUACUAA